GAAAAAAAAAAAAAGAAACCUGUCUGCCGUGUAAGCUUCUCGAUACGAGCGAGAGAAGAAGAAGAAGAAAGCAGACGCAAAAAAAAUGUCGAAGACGCUGGUGCAGCCCGUUGGGCAGAAGAGGUUGACGAACGUUGCAGUGGUUCGCCUCAAAAAACAAGGCAAUCGAUUCGAGAUCGCUUGUUACAAGAACAAGGUCCUUUCAUGGCGGUCUGGCGUGGAGAAGGACAUAGAUGAAGUGCUUCAGUCGCAUACUGUUUAUUCAAAUGUUUCGAAAGGAGUUCUUGCCAAAUCGAAAGACUUGAUGAAGGCCUUUGGAUCAGAUGAUCAUACGAAAAUAUGCAUCGAUAUUUUGGAGAAAGGAGAGCUUCAAGUUGCUGGAAAAGAGAGAGAAUCACAGUUCUCUAACCAGUUUCGGGAUAUUGCAACCAUUAUUAUGCAGAAAACCAUCAACCCUGAAACACAACGGCCUUAUACAAUCACCAUGGUAGAGCGCUUGAUGCAUGAAAUUCAUUUUGCUGUUGAUCCUCAUAGCAAUUCCAAGAAGCAGGCUCUUGAUGUCAUCCGUGAGUUGCAAAAGCACUUCCCUAUAAAGCGUUCUCCAAUGAGACUGCGCCUUACUGUUCCGGUUCAAAACUUCCCCUCACUUCUGGAGAAGCUAAAAGAAUGGGACGCUAGUGUUGUCUCAAAAGACGAAUCUGGAACACAAAUGUCCACUGUCUGCGAGAUGGAACCGGGCCUAUUCCGAGAGUGUGAUUCCCAUGUCAGGAAUAUGCAGGGAAGACUAGAAAUACUUGCUGUAUCUGUUCAUGCAGAAGGUGACACAAGCAUGGAUCAUUACGAUGAGCAUGAUGAUAUGGCAUUACAAACCCACAAGCCGUUGUUACCUGUUGAGACUGAGACUAAGGCUUUGACUGAUCCCGUGGUCGAACUUAGCAAGAAAUUGCAGAAGCAAGAGAUAAGUACUGCAGAUAACACAAAGCAAGAAGGAGGAGAAGAAAAGAAAGGAACCAAGUGUAGCACUUGCAACACGAUUGUCGGGGAGGCUAAGCAAUAUAGAGAGCACUGUAAGAGUGAUUGGCACAAACACAACCUUAAGCGUAAGACUCGAAAACUCCCUCCUAUUAGUGCUGAAGAAUGCUCGUCUGAGAUUGACAUGGACGACUCUAGAGCUGAUUUGAAAGAGUACUCUUUCUGAAACUACAUGUUCUUUUUAAUUUUUGUCAACGUUGAAUCUCGUAGUCAUAUGUGAGUAUAUGAAUACACGAAACCUGCGGAAUGAAAACUUACAAUAUGAGUAUAAUCUUUUUGUUUGUUUAAGAGACAUUUUUCGAUU